GGUAGUUUUCGUUUAUGUGGAUCUAAAACACCCUUAUUCUUUUGAUUAAAAUAUGUGCUUUAAAAUAGUAUUUGAUUUGUCUACGUAAGCGAUCAACCAGCCGUUUCAGGCAUCGUAUUAUAGCAAAGUAAUUUGCUAAAAUACAUUAUGCUUGUUACAUCGAGUGUGAAUCGUAAAUGCUUUGCGUGGUUUUUUUUUUAUAGGAAUUGUCUUGCAGGUACAAACAAUUACGAUCGAGAUGAAUAUGUUGACAUUGAACAACUACUGAAUAUGUAUGCCGUACACACAGGACGCCGCUUCAAAUCAAGAUUUACAAGGGUCUAUAGAGCGACCGGUAUUUAUUGACCUGACACAUGACGAGGAGGCUGGCUCCAGCAGAGCGGUUCCGGACCCCUCAUUAUUAAUCGAAAGGAGUUGUGAUCUUACCACUGGUGGCGACGCAUGCUGCGUAGUGCCAGAGCCGUCAUUAUUCAUCGAAAGGAGUUGCGGAUCCGGUGACGAUGUGUCUAGCUGGACAGAUACACAGCUGAACGUUUGGGAGCGUUCGUCUUGGUCCAGCGAGCGAGAGGAGAGGUCUCUGAUAAGGCGUCAGCAGACACCGUUAGCAGAACGAGAAGAUAUCGCCGUCGACGAACGAUCAUCAUCGACGGGGGGUAGACAGACGCCGUUUGCUCUUCAAGCUCAAAAUACUGUCUCGCUAGAUCAACUCAACGCUAUCUUAAGAGAGUCUAAUAUUCCUUUACACGAGUCCAUUGACAGACUGUGGGGUUCUGUCGGUGAGAUACAUACGAUUCUUAUGAGAUUGUAUGCUUUUAUCGAAGGUGUUAAUCAUCGCGACGAAGCGCUGGAGAAUUCUUUCAACCGUUUGCUCGAGUCAUCAAACGAGCAGAUGAGAGAAAGGCGUCUAAUAGUUGAACUCCUCUGUGCUAUAAACGCCGUACUAUUUUCUAGAUAGUCACUAUUUUUAUAUUGACCAGUGAUCGCUAUAAGUUUUUACAUUUAUCUCUAUAUCUUAU